AACACCUCGGGCGAGUGCGACGGCGCCGCUCGCUGCAAGGACGGUGUCAUCUUGAAUGUGUGGAAGCCAGAGAACCCAGCCCCCUACGAGCGCGCGGCCCGAGCCGUCCUCUACUUGGCCGCCAUGGCCUACGCCUUCGUGGGCGUGUCAGUCAUCGCCGAUCGCUUCAUGGCAUCCAUCGAGGUCAUCACGUCCCAGGAGCGGCGGGUCACCCUGAAAAGAGCCGACGGGCAAAAGUACACGGUCACCGUGCGCGUGUGGAACGAGACGGUGUCCAACCUGACCCUGAUGGCGCUGGGGUCGUCGGCGCCGGAGAUCCUGCUGUCGGUGGUGGAGAUCUGCGGCCACGGCUUCGACGCCGGCGAACUGGGGCCCAACACCAUCGUGGGGAGCGCCGCCUUCAACAUGUUCGUCAUCAUAGGCCUCUGCGUUUACGUCAUCCCCGACGGCCAGAGCCGCCGGAUUAAGCACCCUCGAGUCUUCUUCGUCACCGCCGCCUGGAGCGUCUUCGCCUACGCCUGGCUUUACCUCAUCCUGGCCUACUUUUCUCCAGGGGUGGUGGACAUAUGGGAGGGGCUCCUCACCCUCUUCUUCUUUCCCCUCUGCGUGGGCUUUGCCUACGUGGCCGAUCGCCGCCUCCUCUUCUACAAGUACGCGCGCAAGCGCUAUCGAGCCGGCGGCCGGAGCGGGGUGAUCGUGGAGACCGAGGGGGACCCGGAGCCGCCCCGGGAUCGGGCGCGUCCAGAUGGGGGAGAAGACGGUCGCCCGGCCGAGGUCUUCUACCGUCGCUCGCCGACUGCGCCCGGAGAAGGAGAUCCCGACUUCGCCGUGGACUUUGGCCCCGCCGUAGCUACUUCCGACUGGGAUGACCGGCGUGCCGGAGUCUUUGCCUUCGAGGAAGCCACCGUGACCGUCGCCAAAAAUGCCGGCGCGAUGGAGGUCAGGGUGCUCCGGACCUCGGGGGCUCGAGGCAUAGUGAUCGUGCCCUACAAGACCGUGGAGGGCAGCGCCAAAGGCGGCGGCCGAGACUUCGAGGACACUCACGGCGUCCUGGAAUUUGACCACAACGAGACCUGUAAGGUCCUUCGCGUCAACAUUAUCGAUGACGAAGAGUACGACAAGAACAAAGACUUUUGGGUGGAGAUGUACGAGCCACGACUGCUGGAGAUGAGCCGCGAGAAAGAGGAAACCGGCGUGUCGGGGUCAAAGGAGGAAGAAGAGCGGCGGACAGCGAUGCCCGCGCUAGGCCAACAUGCCAGACUACGAGUCGUCAUCGAGGAGUCAUACGAGUUUAAGAACGCGGUGGACAAGGUGCUGAAGAAGACCAGACUGGCCGUGCUGACGGGAACCACAACCUGGAGAGAUCAGUUUACAGAGGCUGUCACGGUGGGCGCAGGCGGUGAUGACAACGAGGAUGACGAAGGUGGUAAGAAUCCGCCCUCUACCGCCGAUUACGUCCUGCACUUCCUGACCGUCUUCUGGAAGCUUCUGUUCGCGCUCGUCCCGCCUACCGAUUACUUGAAAGGCUGGGCGUGCUUCUGGGUCUCCAUCGCGGUUAUCGGCAUCUUGACGGCGGUCAUCGGGGACCUGGCCUCGCACUUCGGCUGCACGGUGGGUCUGAAGGACUCGGUCACGGCCGUGGUAUUCGUGGCCUUGGGCACCUCGGUACCAGACACCUUUGCCAGCAAGGUGGCGGCCUGCCAGGACCGCUACGCCGACGCCUCCAUCGGCAACGUGACGGGAAGCAACGCCGUCAACGUGUUCCUGGGCAUCGGCGUGGCCUGGUCCGUGGCCGCCGUCUACCACCGUACCAAGAACCAGCCCUUCAGGGUAGAUCCCGGAACGCUGGCUUUCUCCGUCACCCUCUUCACCGUCUUGGCCUUCAUCUGCAUCGCCGUCCUGGUCUACCGGCGCCGGCCCGAGAUCGGCGGGGAACUGGGAGGGCCGCCGCUGGCCAAGGCGGCCACCGCCACCUUGUUCUUCUGCUUGUGGUUGACCUACGUGGUCUUGUCUUCGUUGGAGGCCUACUGCCACGUCCGGGGCUUCUGA